AUGCAUGGCCUGCAUGGCGUGCAACCACUGCCUGAAUGGCGAAUGCCUCGAAGGACGCAGGCGCGCGACCUCAAGGUCUACUGCGUCAGGCCGAUGACGUCGAUGCUUGAGUUGCGAGCUUCGAGAUCGAAGGCCUCUUUCUGGAGUUUGCUGCGAAAGCGAAGCCGGCGCCGGCAAAGUCCUCGGGAAGCGCCCGGAAGGUCGGCUUUCCCGUUGGUGAUCUUGAGGCAUGUGAGAAUCCGGACGCCCUUGGACUUCCUCGACGAUGCCGCGCGCCUCGACCCGUACCAAGUGCUGAACAUCCCCUUCCUCUCCGGGCGCCGGAGCAUCCGCCAAGCCUAUGCUCGGCUCUGCAAGCAGCACCAUCCAGACUUGAACGGGGGGCAAGAGAGCCUCGAUUGGAUGAUGAUCCGCCGUGCCUACCGGAUCCUCACCGACCCUGAGGAGCGGAUCGCCUACGACUCCGCACGGAUCACCCGCAACGCUCUCAGCGCGACAGAGGGUGUGGUGGCCUUCUCCGUGGCAGCGGCUCAGCAGCUGGGCUCCGUCGUCUCGGACGUGGCCCAGGCGGCUGGAAGCUUCACCAGCAAGCUGAUGGGCCUUGGCGUCUUCCUUGCUCAGGAAUCUCAGGUCUGGGCCGAGAGGGGAAGCCAGGGCCUGGAAACCUUGAAGGCCUUCGUCGAUGAUGGCGGAGGAGACUCCGAAGAGAAGAGCCUCAAGGACUUCAAGCAGGCAUGGGCCGAGAAGCGUGCUUUGGCCACCAAGAGCUUGGAGGAGCUGAGACAGGCCAGGAAGGACCUGGAGGAGGCCCUGGCGAAGGAGCGUGAAGACUCGGACUCGGAGAACUGA